GCGACGCUCCCGCUCGGGGCAGAGAGUAAACGCUGGAGUGGAGUUUGAGUUGAUGAGAAGAUGCUCGGCUGUUUUUAGGCUCUUUGGAUUACAAAUCGUGAAUGCACCUGCAAAAGAGCAUGCCACAAUGGGCAUUACUCUGUCUUCUCCCACUGUCCAAGAUUGCUAGCUGCUACUGUGGCAUCAGCCCUUCCACCUGGUGCCACUAAGAGUCAUGUUGUCAGGCAGCUGGUACCGGAGCAGGAGCAGUCCCACCCACAGCCUACCAGUCAGCAGGGCAUCACUGACACCUGACAUUGUUGUUCUGGAGGCCCAGUAUGACUACUCAUACCGUGGCGCUGAUGGCCGCACUGUCUCCAUACACGACGGUGAGCGCUUUCUUUUGCUGAAAAAGACAAACUCUGACUGGUGGCAGGUACAGAGGAUCGGAGUUGGCAAGAAAGCUAAGCCACUGUACGUACCUGCCACCUAUGUCACCGAGGUGCCGGUCAACACACUGCACUCAGCACAAGUCAGCAGUCAAACAGCAGCCUCACCUCGACAUUCCUAUCUCAUGGCUUGCGAAUCACACAGCCCGUGCUCUCAGAUACAGUGCUCAGCACCUAGUAAAGAAUUUUGUCGUUCCAUGGAGGACCUGAACAGUAACAGUGCUUUUAAGAACACGUACAUAGGAAAAGGCACACCGGGACAGCAUUUCACCAGGUUACCCAGCUCGACAUCACCUUCUCCUUCUAGUCAUCUCAAGGUACCGGGGUCUCUAAUACCACGCAGCAAGAGCUCAAGUCACCUGCCUCUAAACCCAUAUGGGGAACUGCACAUCACCAGGCCAAGUCCAAACAGCUCCCCGAAGUCCUUCAGUCAGUGGGAUGUGGCAAGCAACACUCGCAAACACACCGAUGGAAACAUCCAGACCUUCACCUCUCACAAUUCAUUGCCUGACACACAGAGGAAGCAAGGCACAGACGUCCCUAACCCACUCCCGGGCCAGAAGCCUUUGCAGAUACUAAAUCUGUGGGAGCAGUAUCAAGACCCUGCCUCCAGUCGCUUUUAUUAUGUCAACAGUUGUACGAAGGAGCGCUCAUGGAAGCCGCCACGUAGAGCUCGCCUGAGCGAUCAUAUCCAAAACACGGCCAACGUUACACAGUUUGGGACUUUCCCAUGUGACCCCGCCCACCUGUCACUUCCCCUUUACAACUCAGGAAGCAGGCCAUCCUCUGACUUGACCUACAGUACCCAGGAUGCAAAUGCACGACAGCUGAAUCAGACCAUGCAGCAUGCAGAAUCAUCAGCCAUGCUCAGUUCCUCCUCCUUUUCCACUGAUGGCCAGAGCACAGAGGGCAAAAGGGACAUUAUCCAAUCCUAUUCCAUGAUUCUGCCUUCCCAAACAGAGAGGUUCUCUUCAAAUGGCAAGGCAGAGUACCAAAUGGGGGUGAAGUCAACUGAAAGCUCUCCGGAUAGUGAUGGAAUGACACCGGAGCUAGAAAAGGCCGGUCUGCUCAACAAAACCAAGAUAGCAGAAGGAGGUCGGAAGCUGAGGAAAAACUGGAACCCCUCUUGGGUGGUGUUGGUGGGGAACAGUCUUAUGUUUUUCAAAGAUCCCAAAACCCAAAACUCAGAUAGCUGGAAACCAGGGAACAGCUGUCCAGAGAGCAGUGUGGAUCUGAGAGGAGCUCAGCUGCAGUGGGCCAAUGAGCUUUCCAGCAAGAAGAAUGUCUUCAAAUUGAGGACGAUUACAGGAAAUGAAUUUCUGCUGCAGUCGGACGCUGACACUGUAAUUAUAGAGUGGUACAGCACAAUACAGAAAGUCAUUAGCAGACUCGAUAAGGAGAAUCCUCUGGAUAACAUAUUGCAGUAUUCUUUAAGGAGAACAGGCUCUUUGGAUUUGUUGGACCAUAGUGGAGAUGAAGAGGAGAACCGUCCAGGAUACAAGCUCUCCCUCCCUCGCUCCAUUUCUAAUUUGGAGACUUCAGAUCGGAAACGAGUGAAGAGUCGCUUGAAAAAGCUCAUCCUGCGGAGACCACCAAUUCAGACAUUACAAGAAAAAGGCCUUAUCAAAGACCAGGUGUUUGGCUGUAGUUUAGAGUUGCUGUGUGAGAGGGAGAAGAGCACGGUGCCACGGUUUGUCAGAAACUGUACUGAAACAGUGGAGAAGAAAGGUUUAGAGACAGAUGGUAUUUACAGAGUCAGUGGAAAUCUGGCUGUAAUCCAGAAGCUACGCUUUGCUGUCAAUCAUGAGCGAGCCGUGUCUACAGACGGACGUUAUCUCUUUCCAGAGGAUUUAGUUCCAGUGGAGCAUAUAGACCUGGAAGACCCACAGUGGGAGGACAUCCAUGUGAUAACAGGAGCCCUUAAACUUUUCUUCAGAGAGCUUCCUGAACCACUUGUACCAUACGGACUGUUUCAAGACAUCGUCGAGGCUGUCAAGCUGUCUGAUUACUCGGAUAAAGUGGAACGAAUGAAAUUGCUGGUCUACAGCAUGCCUCCCCCGAACCACGAUACC